AUGAAGUUUCCGACUGUCUUGACACUAGCGUUGUUUGCAACAUGCGAUGCUCUCAAAGUGACCAUCCUCGCAGAUACCAACCGCGACGGAAAAGUCGACAAGAAAGACAUCGACGGCAAAUCUUCAUGGACCGCUAAUCGAGGUGCCUUAAUCUUGCCCAACAUCGGCGAUACUGGCCUUCGUUGCGCUAAGAAAUGGGGACCCAGCGUCGACAUCAUCUCCAGCAACGAGACUUAUUUGGAUUUGUGCAAUGAUGCGACAGAUGACAUUCAACGUAACCCGAAAUAUCUUGCGCCGCUCAAAACACUUCCCAUAUCUGGAUUGAGCCCAUCUGCUAAGGGAUCCAUCCAAGUCACUGAUAAAACAGCCGCAGCAAAGGUCCGUGUCUUUACAAAGAAGAGUAACAAAUGGAUCUACGUAGCGGGCGAUUAUGUGUUCACUACUAAGGAGCUUUCAUCGGGUCUCGAGCUGGGUGUUGAUGCCCGCGAUGUUCGUCGACCCAAGGGCUGGGAUGGAAAUGCAAAGAUACAGUUCACAGUCACUGAUGGCAAGACAAAAGCAACCGACACUGUCGCUGUGCGAGUUGCUCCUGUAUUGACUCACCACCACGGGCAGGUCGCCCAGCGCAUCUUUUCAACGGGUGUGAACGAACCUGGCUCCAACCCUCAGCAGCAGCAGUUUGUGGAUGACAUCAAGCGCAACGUCGCCAGUUCCGGUAUCAAAGACCCCAUCUUCCUCUUCGACAACCAAGAUGUCUGGACACAGGACUUUUUUGAACCUGGAUACUCAAGCAUGCCUGGCCCGAAUGGCCCGAUUACUAUCCGGAUCAUGAUCCGAUCGGUCCAGAGCUCCCGUAGAUCCGGCCGCGACGCAUUCCAUGAACUCCGAAACGAUAAGGUCGGCGCAGUUCAACAUCCAGGUGACGGCGAUUCUAUCGAUUCCACUGGAAAUCUGGAGACUAUUCCGCCCUACAAGCACAACGGAAAGUCGUUCCCUCAAGGAAGAACGAUCAUGGGCGCUUGGGACGGAAGAGCUCCUCUCAUGGUUGACUUUCUCAAGGCCCAAGAGGUCCAAGACCCUCUGAUUCUCGAUACGAGCUGGUUGUACGUUGGCCAUGUUGACGAGUUCCUUCAGUUCCUGCCUACCUACAAUGAACGUGGAUGGAUCAUUAUGGUUGCCGAUCCGCUCAAGGGUCUUGAUCUUCUGAAGAAGGCGUCGAAAGCCGGUCAUGGAAGCGUCAGGGCUGUUUCCCGUUCACUUCAAGUGGAGGAGAAGAAGCAGGAGUUGUGUCUUCCCAGGCAGACUAUCCAAGAGGCUCUCAAGUUCAAGAACUUUGACGCCAUCCAGAAGAGCUCAGCUCAGCGCAUUGAAGCCAAUCUCAACAUCCUGAAGCGAGAGACUGGAAUCACUGACAAGGAUAUUUUCCGAGUUCCUAUGCCAUUCUACUAUGCUGAGUCAAACAGUUGGUUAUGUCCCGGACAGAAGCCAUCAGAUUCAACUGCAGAGGAAGAUGCCUCCAAAACGCCUCAAAAGAGCUCAAGCAAGACCGGCAUUACGUUGAAAGGCGCUACGGGACCUAUUUACAAGGCGAAAUCGAUCGUAGAGGCCGGUACUCCAAAGAACUCACUGCAACGACGUGCGAUUGAUACAGCUACACAGGUUCUGGCUCUCUGGCCAGGUACCGUCAAUGGUCUGGUUUUGCCGGACCAGAAGGUCCUUGCACCUAAGCCCUGGGGUCCCGUAAUCAACAAGCAGGAUAUCUUUGCGAAUGCUGUAUCCGAGGUAUAUGCUAGUGCCGGGUACAACAUUACUUAUCAGGAUGAUUGGUUCUCUCACUUCAAGUUCCAAGGAGACGUUCACUGUGGCAGCAAUUCGUGGAGGGCUGUAGACAUCAAGUUUUAG